UCAGAAACACUAAGGUUUUCAAGCUCUUGUUUGGGAGCUUGCGAGAGGUAACCAUGGCCGCUACAACCAACGCCGCUGCCCUGCCGCGCCAGCUCUCUCAAAAGGAAGCCGACAUCCAGAUGAUGUUGGCAGCCAACGUUCACCUCGGCACCAAAAAUUGUGAUUUUCAAAUGGAGCGCUACAUCUUCAAGCGCCGCAAUGAUGGUAUUUAUAUUAUCAACCUUGGUAAGACAUGGGAGAAGCUUCAACUUGCUGCUAGGGUUAUCGUUGCAAUUGGGAACCCUCAGGAUAUUAUUGUGCAAUCUGCUCGGCCUUAUGGUCAGAGAGCGGUUCUCAAGUUUGCCCUGUACACUGGUGCUCAUGCCAUUGCUAGAAGGCACACUCCUGGUACCUUUACCAAUACUCAGUUCAACAGUUAA